AUGAGGGCCACGAAGGCGGCGGCGGCGGUGGAGAGGACGGAGGACAAAGAGAUAGACUUGCUUCUCAGCGAGAUCCCCCACGUCACGUCCCCGCAGGGGCGGCAGCGCGGGGUGGGCGUCAUCGGCGACGGCAACGGCAACGGCGUGCAUGGCGCCUCGGGUUCCGACGGCUACACUUCACCAAUGCGCAUCGGGUGCCGACGGGUACACUGCCCCACGGAUGCCGACGGGUACGAUGCGCAGCGCCACGGCAAGGACGCCUACUACGACAUGGUCCUGAACCGUCGCGACAAUGGUGCUCCACUCCACGGCGGCGAUGCAGGGGCGUUGGCUUCCCGCGCCGUCACCGGCCUCAGGACCGAGCAGCAGCUGGUCGCGAACCAGCUCCGCGGUCUGCGCAUCGGCGACGCGCAGACCGCGCUCCAGCGCCAGGGCCCGCCGCCUGUCAUUCACACGGCCCCGACUGAGGUCCCCGCAGCGCACGGCGCGUACGAUGGGUACAACUUCGCGGCGUCAGGUUCUUCCGUCCGCCAUGAACACGUGUUCCUUGAUCAGGCCAAACCUGUCGGGUACGUCGCAGCACGGCCGCAUCGCUUCGUGUCGGACGUUGGCCUGGAUGACUUUGGUGGUUUCCCCAGAGCCUUGGACACCAGCAUUGGUGGCUUCAUGUACAAUAGGGUAGGGCAUGGCACUGGCAUUGGUUGGGGCCAAGGUUUGGUGCAGCCUGAUUUCGCCGAGUCCUACCUGCUUUCCAGUCAGGCUGGUGCAGAGUUUUCCAGCUCGAGUCCGGUUGCCCUCAAACGACACUAUGCAUAUGGUGGUGUCCCUGUGGCAGCCAACGGGUUUUCGAGAGGCAGAAAUCAGUUUGAUGCAUUCGGUUGUGACAACAGUCCCAGUGAGGUUGGUGCAGAGUUUUUCAGCUCGAGUCCGGCUGCCCUUGACUUCCGUGGUGGACCAAAGCGACACUAUGCAUAUGGUGGUGUCUCUGUGGCAGACAACGGGUUUGCGAGAGGCAGAAAUCAGUUUGAGGCAUUCCAUUGUGACAACAGUCUGAUGUUUGAUGGGAAGAACAUGAACUUCCUGGAACGUGAGAGGGAGAGGAGAUUCCAGCGUGUCAAUAGCAGGGCACUGGAGCUUGGGAGUUCUAGGACUUUGAGGUUUGACAAUGUGGUUCGUGUCAAGGAAGGAUCCAUCUACCACAUGGCCAAGGACCAAAAUGGGUGCCGGUAUUUGCAGGACAAGUUUUUGGAAGGGAAACAUCAUGUCGAUGCGAUCUUUGAAGGAAUCAUUAACCACAUUGCAGACCUUAUGAUCAGCAGUUUUGGCAACUAUCUUGUACAGAAGAUGCUGGAAGUGUGUGAUGAAGGGCAAAGGCUGAGGAUCGUCUUAGUGCUGACGCAGGACCCUGUGAAGCAGCUGAUUGCCAUCUCUCUAAACACACAUGGGACCAGGGUAGUACAGAGAUUGAUAGAGACUGUUAGGAGCAGAGAUCAGAUUAUGCUCAUCAUUUCAGCCCUACAGCCAAACUUCAUGCUGCUUGUCAAUGACCCCAAUGGUAAUCAUGUAAUACAGAAAUGUCUGACAAACUUUGGAGCUGAGGAUAACAAGUUCAUAUUUGAGGGCGCUGCAGCCAACUGUUUUAACAUGGCGGUACAUCGCCAUGGAUGCUGUGUUCUACAGCGUUGCAUAUCUAAUGCACGUGGUGUAUACCAGGCCAAUCUAAUUGUGGAAAUAUGUGCUCGUGGCUUUGAGCUUGCUCAAGAUCCAUUUGGGAACUAUGUGGUCCAAUAUGUUUUGGAACUGAAAAUUCCUUCUGCAAAUGCACACUUGGCAUCUCAGUUUGAAGGAAAGUAUAUUUAUCUCUCAAAGCAGAAGGUGAGCAGCAAUGUGGUGGAGAGAUGCCUAAAGUUUUUCCCGGACGAUGCCAAAGCUGUCAUAGUACAUGAAUUGCUCUUGCUCAGCGGGUCUCACUUUGAGCAACUGCUGCAAGACCCUUAUGCCAACUAUGUCAUUUACACUGCCCUUCUCCACACCAAGGGCCAUCUGCACAAUGCCCUUGUUGAAGCGAUCCGCCCUCAUGAGGAUGCCAUCCGGACAAGCCCCUGUUGUUUCCUGCUGGAUAGAUUUUUUUGGCCAGUGGAUACCCAGAAAAUAAAGAAAAUCAGAUUACCAAGUGAACAGGCUGAUGAUAUUUUGGCAUGGCACUAUGAAAAGAAUGGUCUCUACUCUGUAAAAAGUGCAUACUGGAUGGCUCGGAAGCGCUUAACGGAGGAGCAGGGUGGUGGCCAAUCGACUUCUGAAAAUGCUGAUGGUCGGCCAGUUUGGAAAGAAUUCUGGAGGAUCCCGCUUCCCCAUGAGAUCCUAAUCUUCGUUUGGAAAAUAGCGAACAAUGGUUUAGCAACGCAACAGAACAAAUUUCGGCGCAAUAUAGUUCAAAGGGACACCUGCGAAAUAUGUGGCAUGGAGACGGAAUCGCUAAAUCAUGCACUAGUGGGACGCCGUCAUGCAUGUCAGCUGCGUAUGGCAAUGAGAGAGCACUGGGCAUUGCCGGACGAAAAACAGUUCCUCAAUCUGGACCAAUUCAAUUUUCUGGAUUUUCUGUUGAAGACUGAAAGGGAUAUGAGAGAAAGGUGCCUGAUGAUCUUAUGGUUAUGGCGUUCCUGGCAGGUGCGGAACGACAUCACACAUGAAGCACGCGGUCUUUCCAUUGAGGGUUCAGUUCGUUUCCUGAGAAGCUAUUGGACAGAACUGUGUAAUAUCAGGCAAAAUAGAGACAUGGCUGGUCGUCACAAUGCGGCAGUGUGUCUGGCUGCUUGGCAUGCUGUACCGGGAGCCAGGGACCCUGCAGAAGUCGAGGCGCUGUCGGUCAGGGAAGGACUCCGAUAUGCUACUGAAAAUCCUGAGAUCCCGGUGGUGUUGAAACCGACUGCAGCUCGAUCUAGGCUAUGCUGA